UAACCUUCCGGUACUAACGUGCGGAUUGCGAGUCCGCAUGGCCGAAAAUUGGCCGGUAUUUUCCGAAGAAUUCCGAGUAGGCGGCUGUACCGCUCAGUACCUAUUGGGGGCUCCAAUUUAGUGUUAAGUGGUAAACAGAGUAGGGUGCUUCGUGUUGGAGUUAGGCUCUUAUGCGGACUCUCACUCCGCACGUUAGUGUUUAUGCUAAUUUUUUAAGUGGUUAAUAUGAAUUACGAAAGGGAACAACAAUAUCUUGGCCAACUCUUCGAUGAGGUUGCGACUGAUGAGGAGCCAUUUGAUGACGACUCGAGUUUGCAGGAUGAUGAUGAAGAGACUCAAGAUCAUAACACGGAUGAUGAGCAAGAUAUUGAUGACCCAAACAACAUCUUGGAUCUUCCAGAUGAAAUAAUGGAAGAAGUGGCGCACGAAAAAGCUGCAUAUUACAUUGGAAAAGAUGGCCAAACCAAGUGGAGAAAGCAUCCAGGAAAUUCUCAGGUAGGGACAAGCACCCUAAAUAUUAUCAAGUUUCUCCCUGGGGUAAAGGGAAAUGCAAAAGGGUUAAAAUUUGCCGCAGAGAUCUGGAGUCUGUUUUUCACAAAUGAAAUGUUGCAAGUCAUUGUUGAUAAUGCAAAUAUCUACAUUGGAAUGUGCAAUUUAAAUCCAAACAACCGAUCAACAAGGCCCACAGACAUUAUUGAGUUGAAAGCGCUUAUAGGAUUGCUUUAUAUAUGUUCGAUGUCAAAAAAUAGCCGGGUAAAUGCCUCCGACUUAUUUAGAACAAAUGGAACAUCCAUGGAAAUAUUUCGUUUGACAAUGUCUCGGGAAAGAUUCAGAUUUUUGUUGCAGUAUAUUCGUUUUGAUUAUAAAAAUACUAGAAUAGAGAGACAAAAAUAUGACAAAUUAGCACCGAUCCGGAAGAUCUUUGAUUCAUUCAAUUCUAAUUUGUCUAAAUAUUUUUGUGUUUCCGAGCUCACAACAGUGGAUGAAAUGUUGGUGGCAUUCCGAGGGAGAUGCAGGUUUCGAGUAUAUAUGCCCAAUAAACCUAACCGAUAUGGUAUCAAAAUGUAUUCUUUAGUGGACGCAAAAUUGUUUUACACUGCAAACAUGGAAAUUUAUGGUGGGCAACAACCGAUUGGACCUUAUAAAGUUCAAACUGAUAAUGUUUCCCUCCUUUCCCGUCUUUGUCACCCCAUCUCAGGAAGCAGCAGAAACAUUACCAUGGACAAUUUCUUUACCAGCAUGGCUGUUGCUAACGCCCUUUCAACAAAUCAUAAACUCACUAUUCUUGGUACUAUUAGAAAGAAUAAAAGAGAACUUUCACUUGAAUUUGUCCAACCUGCUAAACGACCCAACCAGAUAAGCAUGUUUGCAUUUCAAGACAAAGCAACCAUAGUAUCGUAUAUUCCCAAUAAAAAUAAAAAUGUGCUUAUGUUGUCAACUAUGCACCAUAAUGAAAACAAAAUAAACCAAAAAACUGGAAAACCACAAAUAAUAGUUGAUUACAAUCAAACUAAAGGUGGGCUUGAUACAGUGGACAAGAUGUGUGCGGCCUAUGAUUGUGUCAGAGCUACUCGUCGCUAGCCAAUGGUUAUAUUUUUUAUGCAACUUAAUACAGCUGGAAUAAACUCCUUCGUUAUUUUCAAGAUCAAUUCAAAAUAUAUGGAUGAUACACCUCGAAGAAUAUUUUAUUUUACCACUGCAGGAAGAGUUACCCAAACCAGAAACUGCAAACAUAAAACGACGCUGCUUUUAUUGUGAUAGAAAGAAAAAAUAGACCAACCAGAUUUAGCUGUGCAUACUGUAACAAACCUAUUUGUUUGGAACAUGCCAACUACAUGUGUAGUGACUGUAUGGUUGGUGAAUGUGACGAAGAUUGACGAUAUUAUUUUAGUCAGAGUUUAGGUUAAAAGUUUUAUUUUUGUUUUUUGAAAUGUAAUCAUCUUUUGUUUAUGUUGAAAGUUUGUUAGAAGUUC